AUGAAUUUUUAUCUUCAGGCUCUUCAUCAUAUCUCUACACAGGAUUUUCCGAUUUUUAUUGCUAUUAUCUGGCAUAUUUGGAAUACUAGAAACUCAAUUUUAUUCCAAAAAUCUGGUUUUGGUAACAAUGUGGAAGAGUUUGUUAUUAAUUAUUUACAGGAUUAUAAUGAAGCUCAACAAAGCAAUCGGACAAAUCAACCGAAUUCAGAGGCCUCUUCCAUCUCUCCGCAUAUUCAGCGAUUGCACUCAAUUGGCUUCCAAGAAGAUUCUCCUGCUCUUUUUGUGGAUGCAGCCCUUGAUAAUCAGCAUGCUUUAACAGGAACUGGUUUCAUUUUCAAGUCUGGUUGGCAGCAUACUAUUGCUUCUCAUCAUCGACAAUUGCCAGGGGCUUCUUCUCCUCUUUUUGCUGAAGGGCAGGCUCUUUUGCAAAGUCUUUUAUGGUGUUUGGAUUCCCAGUUGCGGCCAAAGUUUAUUUUCUCUGAUUGCUUGGUUUUGGUUUCUAAAGUUAACAGUGAUUGGCAUGACCGCUCUGCUCUUUCUGGUCUGGUGUCUCGGUUUCGGUGGCUUUUCUCCAAUUUCCCUGAAGCUUCGUUGCAUUUCGUUCCUCGUCAACUCAACAUGGAUGCCCAUGGCCUUGCAAAAGAAGCUCUUAGGCUGAGAGAAGCUGUCUAG